AUGCCAUCCAAGUACAAGACGCCUGAUGCGAUCGCGCGCCGGCGCCAGCAGAGCCGCAACAACCAGCGCCGCUACCGCCAAGAGACACGGUCGUACCUUCAGUCGCUUCAAUCCGACCGGCGGUUUGCCAACGACGUGGCGCGCGUCGGCGCCUACUGGCGCCUCUUCAUGCGCGGAUACGUCGCGUCGCCCGACCAAGACUCGGUGUUGCGCGACCUCAUGGCCGACGACGUCGAGCUGCGCGAAGCGACUGGGAUCGACGCGCUCUUUGAGCAGUGGCGACAGUACGCCAGUGCGUUUACCUUUUUCCGGAAAGAGCUUCGCAGCAUCGAGGCCGUCGCGCUCGAUAGCGACGAGCACCUCGUCUGCGUCGUGGGCACGGUCUCGCUCGGCUUGAGCGACGCGGCGGUGGCGACCAUGUGGCCGCACUUGCGCAGCAGCAGCCAUCCCGACAGCCGGAUUCGCCGCCGCCUCGUGGACCAAACGCUCACGUGUCCAUGCACGCAGCUCCUGUACAUGCGUCCGAGCGGCGACGCCAGCGCCAAAGUCCGGCGCAUCGAGUUUGAAUGGGACGUCGCCGCCGGGCUCGCGACGCUGCUCAAGGACCUCGACGAUGUCCGCGACCGUCCUCCACGACCGCCACCAGUGCGAGCGGGACGUAGUACCAAGCUCGUCGUGUCCAGUCGCUACGACAAGGUAUUCCCCUAA